CUUCUAAUGUUGUGAACUUGUAUUCUCCAUCGAAAUUUGAUUUUGAUUUAGUUAUCAAUCAUCAAUGUCAAAAUGUCGAUAUCUUGUUCUGUGAAAUCAUGUCGAAACAACAACAAUUUACCAAUUUCUUUCUUCAAAGUCCCUUCCCGCUUAUCAAAACAAUGGCGGCUUGUACUGGAUCGUGGAAUGAGAUGGACUCCGAAACCAAAUUCAAAAAUUUGUAUGGUUCACUUUAGAUCAGAUCAAUAUAAUAAAAGAGGAUUGCUUCGUGGUGUGGAACCCAACUUACACCCAAUACCUUUACCAGAUUUUACAGAUUUUGGGUUAGAUCGUGAUGAACCUGAGAAAGAAACUGAACUUCUGCAGGAGUUUGGAAGUAUAAUAGAAGUAACAUAUGACAAGGUUACAAACACUUUCGGAAGUUUGAAAGAUGUCAGUUUAGAAGAGGACUCUAAUCUUUUCGAAAAUUAUCCAGAUGUCAGCCAUUUUAAACCAGCGAGUGAAAUUUCAGAAGAUAUGGCCGUAAAAAAUGGUCAACCCAACAAAUUUCCGUGUGACAGAUGUAAUUUUUCGGCGACACGAAGUAACGAUUUGAAAAGACACAAAGAGAGUAUACAUGAAGGAGUGAGAUAUAAAUGUGAUCAAUGCUCUUUUUCUGCAUCUCGACCAUCGUUAUUGAGGAAGCAUCUUUCGAAAAGUCAUCCAAGAGAAAUCUCACUUAAACCUUUUUCCUGUAACUUGUGUAGAAAUUCAUAUGAAACUUCAGCUCAGUUGACAGAACACAAGAAAACAUCGCAUUUGAAUAAAAAUACCUCAUCUGAGGUUGAAAAUAAAACCAUGUCAGUGCAACAUCUCUGUGAUAAGUGUGAAUAUUCUGCUCCCUCCCCACUGUUUCUAACCAACCACAGAAAGAGUGUGCACGGAAUUUACCCAAUGAAAUAUAGAAUAGUAGUAUAUCCAUGCGAGAACUGUGACUAUUCCCCGACUACCAAAGAGCAGUUGAUAAAGCACAAGAUGCACUGUAAAGACGAAUUACCAAUGUUGGAUAUCAAAAGUGAAAAAGAAGAGGACCCUUUGGCGGGCCUGUAAUCCUUUUCACUUUUAAAACAGUUUCAUAAACUUUUUCAGAAUCCCAACAAAUAAAAAGGCUGCAGAUUCAAUUUUCCAUUAAAAAAAACCAUGAUUAAGAAUGUAAGUAAAGCGCGUAUUGUGUGAUGUUCCCGUGUUUUCUGUAAAUUGUAUUUUAUGAUUCAUCAGAUAAAAAAAAUAUUAUUGGAUUCUUUGACAUGAACAAAACUGUUUGCUGUCAAUCAAUUCCAAUGAUAUUUAUAUAUACUUAUGUGAAUUCAUUUGUGGAUCGCACUUAAUUUUUUCUUAUGAUAACAAGUAACAUUAAUUAGUACUUUUUUAUAAUUAGCUAGAUUUUUGUUUAAAUCUAGUUUGUUACAAUUAGAUUUGGUUAUCAAAUGGAUCUCAACUAAAAAAAUUAAAAAAUUGAACAUUUUGUCAAAAUACAGUGGAUCAAAAAAUAGAUGUUGAAGAUCUUCCAUUUUGCUUUUAUUUCGUUCUCUUUAAUGAUUGUCUUGGUUCUAUAAACUUACUUUGUUACCUAUUGUGUCAUAUUUCACAAGUUUAUACCUCAUCUUUUCAAAUAUAUCGUUGUUGAUAA